GAUUCUAAAAUUUUUGAUUUGGCCACCAGCCUCCGACUCCUUGGUCACCGCUUAGCUGACCUUCCUCUUUCGGACCUCCAAAAAACUAAUGAUUCUUCAGCUUCCGAAAAUGUUCCGGCAUCUGCCACUUUACCUAAACGACCUAACAGUCUUUUGAUUAGUCAAGUUCUUUUGUUGCCCGAUUCCCCCUCUGUUUGCGACAAACUUCUUACCGUGGCUAGUCUGGAGGGGCUGCAUCUACGCAUUCAUCUGGCUGCUCUCUCUCCCGCUCAGCUCGAAAUGCCCUCCGCAACUCUCACCACCGGAGCUGGUAUGGUCUUCACUGACGACAGUAAUGGUGAAACCAAGGAAAAGGUUGGGAGUGGUGGUGCGGGUUCGUUUAAUGCAAGGAUGCUUUCGCUCCGAGAUCUUGUCACCCAACUAACAGCUUCGCGUGCCGUUCUGCAGGAGGCUCGUUUUGACGAGGAUGAGAUAGCUCGUCUUCCACCAGUCUCCCUAACUGACUACAAGCCUGAACACCGCCAGUUGCUAGUUACGCCCCAACCACUUGGUGGUCCCAGCUGGCCUUCUCUUGGCGAUGGAAGUUGCAGAUUAAGCAUUACUGGUAGCCUGGCACGACGGAACAGGCCUGCGCCUCCACUUAUUUCUGCAAGUCAACUGGCUACUGAAAACGCACUCUAUCUCGCUAGACGGCGCCUCCGAAAGGCAAUACCUUGGCAGAUAUUAAUGGGCUGGAUUCAAGAACACCAGAUUGUGUUGAAGCUUCUGCGUAAGUUUGAUAUCGACUAG